CUGAAGUGAAACUUAAGAGACGGAGUGUGUAUUGUACACGUAAGCACAGUCUUGCAUUCUCUUCACAAAUCUUUUUUUGAAUAACUGCAUACAAUCUCCAGGUCUUAUUUGAUACUACAAACAGAAAGAGCUGAGAAAGCAGCCCCAGUUAAAGAAAGAUAUGGCAUCCUCCAGCAGUCUCCUGUCCGAAGAGCAGUUCCUGUGCUCUAUCUGUCUGGAUGUGUUCACUGAUCCUGUAGCCAUUCCAUGUGGACACAACUUCUGCAAGGCCUGUAUCAGAAAGUACUGGGAUACCACUGACCUGUGCCAGUGUCCAAUGUGUAAAAAAUCAUUUGAUAGGAGACCAGAUCUCUUUGUCAAUACUUUCAUUUCUGAGAUGGCUGCUCAGUUCAGGAAGUCUGUUCAAGUGAAAGCUACCAGCGGCCCAGACCAUUGCCCUACUGAGCUUAGAGGAGUGGCCUGUGACGUCUGCACUGGGACGAAGCACAAGGCCCUGAAGUCUUGCCUGGUGUGUCUGGCCUCUUACUGUGAGACUCACCUGGAGGCUCAUCAGAUCGCCCCAGCCCUGAAGAAACACAAGCUGAUCGACCCUGUGGAGAACCUGGAAGACAGGGUGUGUAAGGAGCAUGACAAACUCCUGGAGAUGUUCUGUAGGACUGACCAGACGUGUGUUUGUGUCUUGUGUAUAAAAACAGACCACAAGACUCACUACACCGUCCCUCUAAAGGAAGAGUAUGGAAAGAAGAAAGCCCAGCUGGGGAAGAUGGAGGUAGAAGUGCAGCAGAUGAUCCAGAAGCAACUGCAGAAGGUUAAGGACAUCAAAUACUCAAUAGCGCUCUGCAAGAGAGACGCAGAGAGCGAGAUAGCAGGCAGCGUGCAGGUCUUCACUGCCCUGGUGCGUUCCAUUGAGAGAAGCCAGGUUGAUUUCAUUGAGGUGGUCGAGGACAAGCUGAAAGCAGCAGAGAGGCAGGCUGAAGGCCUCAUUAAAGAGCUGGAUCAGGAAAUCACUGAGCUACAGAGGAGACACACUGAGCUGGAGCAGCUGUCACACACUGAGGACCACCUCCACCUCCUCCAGAGCUCCGCAUCCCUCUGCAGCCUUCCUCCCACCAAGGACUGGUCUAAGAUAAGUGUUCACAGUGAUCAGGGUGUGGGCACUCUGAGGAGAGCAGUGUCUCAGCUGGAGGAGACACUCAUUAGUGAAGUGAAGAAGUUGUGUGAUGCUGAGCUGAAAAUGCUUCAGCAGUAUGCAGUGGAUGUGACUCUGGACCCUGAUACAGCAAGCAGGUAUCUCAUCUUGUCUAAGGACAGGAAACAAGUGAGACAGUCCAACACACCAAACAAUCACCGUGACAACCCAAAUAGGUUUUCCCAGUGUUCCAGUGUGCUGGGAAAGGAGGGCUUCUCCUCGGGGAGAUUCUACUAUGAGGUACAAGUGAAAGGGGAUAGCUGGGAUUUAGGAAUGGCCGGAGAGUCCAGCAACAGGAAGGGGGACAUUUUUCUGAGCCCUCUUGAUUUAUACUGGGCUGUUGUGCUGAGGAAUGGGAACGAGUACAACGCUAAUGAAGACUCUGCUGUCCACCUCUUCCUGAGAGAGAAGCCCCAGAAGGUGGGGGUGUUUGUGGAUUAUGACGAGGGUCAGGUCUCUUUUUAUGAUGUGGAGGCCCGGUCUCAUAUCUACUCUUUCACUGGCUGCACCUUCACUGAGAAACUCUAUCCAUACUUCAGUCCUUAUUUUUCCAAACGUGGUCAAAACUCUAUCCCUCUGAUCAUAUGUCCUGUCGAAUACACAGACUGAGUUGCAACCUCCAAGUCUAACUUGGGGAAUCCGAUCUGUUGUCACAAAGGGACAACCAAUAUGUUUACCAAUACUGUCACUGUGAUAUUUGAUUUGUUUCCAACUUAUUGUGCAAACAAUGGCCUUACGAUGUACGGUAGACAUUUUAAAACAUGCUGGAGCAGCUCUCACGUAGUGAGGUCCCCACCCACCUCCUCCAGAGCUCCCCAUCCCUCUGCAGUCUUUCUCCCGUCAAGGACUGGUCUGAGAUCAGGGUUCACAGCAGUCUGGGUGUGGGGCACCUGCAGAGAGCUGCGUCUCUGCUGGAGGAGACACUGUGGAGUGGAGUGAAGUGAAGAAGUUGUGUGAUGCUGAGCUGAAGAGGAUACAGCAGUAUGCUGUGGAUGUGACUCUGGACCCUGAUACUGCUCACUUCUGUCUCACACGGUCUAAGAACAAGAAACAAGUGAUACCGGGAAACCCGUGUUGUAGUCUCCCUGACAAAGAGGUUUGACCCAGCUGCCUGUGUCCUGGGAAAUAAGGACUUCUCCUCUGGGAGAUUCUACUAUGAGUUGCAGGUGAAUGGGCUUAACUGGGAUUUAGGAGUGGUCAGAGAGUCCACAAACAGGAAGGGAUACCUAACAACGAGUCCUAAGGAUGGAUAUUGGACCAUGUGGCGGAAGACUGGAAAUACGUAUCAAGCUAAUGAGGACUAUGUUGUCCUCAAAUCAAAUCAAAUGUAUUUAUAUAGCCCUUCGUACAUCAGAUGAUAUCUCAAAGUGCUGUAUAGAAACCCA